AAAGGUAAGAAAGGCAUCACGUCUUUUUUUCGUAAUAUUCUUCGUCGGGGCAAGGAGUCAUCAGAAAGUUUUGAAUCCAUGAACCCAGAUGUCCAGCUGGUGGCCAAGUUGGAGAGAAAAGACUCGUCCAGCACUCCACCGGGCGGAGGGAGUCUGGAUAACCCAGAGGAGGACCUCUCCUCGUCCGUUGAUAAAAAAUUAGGACCAAAACUUUUACAACCGUCAGGGUUCUUAGUCAUUCCACCAGGAUCGCAGAAUUCACCGCAACAUAAAGGGGACACAACCCCUGGCAGUACAACUGGUAGCAUGUUUUCAAAGUCUUCAUCAUUUUCUUCCAAGCCGCCACAGAGUUCUGACUCUGAUAUUCACCAGUCUUCUAUUACCACCACCGCAUCAUGUUCUUCGGCUGCUGCUUCGGGAACAACAACACCUGUCAGUGCCAGCCCUCCAACACAGAGGAAGAAAGGGCUGGCCAGCCCAAAGAUGAUGCUGAAGAAAGCCACAGCUAAAUUUUCACCGCCCGCCUCCAGGCAUCCGUCGAAAGUUGUAGAGAAAGAUAUUGUGGAUGCGUUAUCAAAUGUACCGAAGCCGUAUCUGGCGCCGAAACCAAGUGUCCCUCCUCCAACAAAACCACCAACAACUACAGCAACUCCGUCUUUCUCUGCAUCAUCACCACAGGUGACAACAGCACAAAGUGUGGGAAAGGAAGCGGUCGCGAAAGAAAAGGAUGUGACGACGGCUCCCAAUGUAGUCAAGAGGCGUCCUAAAAGUCCGAAACGGAUGGCUCCACCUGUUCCGCCUUCAAGAACUUCUGUCGCUUCAGGUAAUUAUGAUCUCUAAAAUUAUUGUUUUAGUCUGAAUCAACAUAAAAGUAGAAAACAUUUUAUCAUCAUCUUGUAGUUCACAUUAUUGGGGCAUAAGCCUUCAAGGUCCUUUGGCUUCCCCACCCCUUCUUGGCCCUUGAGGAUUCCUCACCACCUGCUAACCGGGGCUUGAGAUUGUUUCCCCAAAAUGCUUUUCAAGUUCUUUUCCUGUUAAAUGUGUAAUUCUUAUACUGUUAAAGUGCUUAUAAUUAGCCUCACUUGUACAUCAAUCUGCCCAGCAAUGAGAUGUCAAAGUCUUGUAUAAAAAAUGUUGGUACAUGAAGUUAUUUUGUUAGGUUUCAUCUAAAAACUUCUCAGCUUUGUUUGUUUAGAAUUGAAGCUCCAUACAUUUUAAGCAUGCUGAACGUUAUGCUUGCAUUCUCAGUUGUUUCUUUUUUUGUUUGAUGAUGAUGGCUUGCAGGAAUACAAUGUUUGGUGCUCAGUGAUGACACACAGGAUUCAACCUACAGCAAAUUGUGUUAGUUCUUUAUCAAUGACCAUCAUUCCUAUUCCCAUGUUUUUUUUUAUUUUUAUAUAACCAGUGGCCUGUAGCAAGCAUGGUCAAACCUGAAUUCAGAACCCUUCAUCCAUAUAAAAAAUAUUUAUUAAUACACAGAUUUUGCAUGAAAAAAAAAGUUUUGGUGUCCUCUGGAGAUGGGGCUUGGGGCUAGUGCUCCCCCCCCCCCCACUUCUUAUUUUUUCCUCCGCUUCGCACAGCCCUGCAUAAUGCCUCAUAUAAAUAUCAAUGUAAAUACCUAUCAGAAAUAUUAAAAAUCUUGGUGCGAACAAAGUCUUGAACUUCACCAUGUGUGACUCAAUUUAACUUUACUGUGCAUCUACCCAGCUAAACCCGGCCCAACAACAGACCCAAAGAACCAAGACUUGGCAAGAGAGCUGGAGUGGAGACUCAGCAAAGCUACCACUGACCAAUCGGGUUUGUAGUUCAUGAAUCAAUGUUAAAGCAUUUCUGUUAGGCUUUGGGGAUGUAGCAAGAGUGAGAGCGACCAGGGGCAGGCCAAGCUUUUAGCUGCCACUUCUGCAAAAAAGGUUUCUGCCCGACCGAACCGCACCCCGCUUCCUAUACUACUGAUUAGAUUAUCCAAGUCCUUGACAUAGUUUUUUACUCUUCCAUUCAUUUUGAAAGCCCUGUGUAGUGUUCAUGGCGUAUUAAUGGUUGGGAAGCCAAAACGUAUCCGUCAUAUCUUCAGAGCACCAUUUUUCCCAUCCACAGCUACUAAUAUAAUAACUACUUACCACUUGUUUGACUUCCGCUUGAGAGGUUAUCUAUGCAUUAUGUUUACUGAGGGAGCAUUGGUGAUGGUCAGAUUAGUAGAAUUUGCAUAUCUGUUCAAUGUGGAGGAGGUUAUUGAAGUUUUAUAGCCUAACCAUGGUCCACAAUCAUGUCAGCUACAGAAGAAAACCAACCCUUGAACCCUAACCCUAACCAUGGUCCACAUUCAUCUCAGCUACAGAAGAAAACCAACCCUUGAACCCUAACCCUAACCAUGGUCCACAAUCAUCUCAGCUACAGAAGAAAACCAACCCUUCAACCCUAAUUUUUUUUAAAAGUAGACUUGUAAAAAAAAAAAAAUCUUUUCAACAUAAAUUUUUUAUCACAACAAUCACCUUGGAUUUGUAAAUUAUUCACUUACAUUGUCACAAAAUGUUUGGAUUACACAGAUAAAAUGUUGACUGAUUGUCAAGGAAAGAUAAACUUUGCAAAAAAAAAGUGCACCCGUCUUCUUUUUUUUUCAUCUUUCUUUGACAUUGACUGUUGUUUUUGAAAACUUUAGGGAAUUUCGCCAAAUUUAACUUUGAAGCUUGUCUAGCUCCAGCCAGUGAGAACACAAUUAUUUUUUAUUAGUGGGUCAAGUUUGUUUGAAACAUAACAAUACACAAUGUUCUUACCUUUUCUCUUAGCCAAAAGUUGUAAUUAUGUUGGACUGUAAGGGGCUUCCACCAAUGAAAUACCUCUCAUUCAUUUCAUUUCUAAAAAAAAAUAUAAAAGAAAUAUAAUUGAAUAUAUAUACUUAUCUAUCUAUCUAUAUAUGUAUAUAUAAAUAUAUAUGAGAUAUCAUUAAUUCAGAUCUUAUUCUUUUAUGGUUGAUUUAUUUUUUAAAAGUUUUGAAUCUAUUUUUUUUUUUUGGUAGUUUGAACAUAUGUUUUGUGCAGUUCUUUUAAAGAGGCUUUUAUGCUAGUGAACUACUUUUAUUGCAAACAAAAUAUUUAGAGAAGGUUUCCAUUAUGCGGUCGCUGUAAUUUUAAUGUGAAUUGUUAAACAGAAGGUUGAUAACUGUUUCAAAGCAUGCUCCUCCAAGCAUGGCAGUGGUUCUCUACUUUUUCAUGAUACAACCACUUGCAGCUGAAUAUGUCAUAUCUCAACAUAUCAAUAUGAUAUAACAAUAUAUCAAUAAUUAAAAUGUCAAACAAAAGUGUUAAAUAUUUGAAUUUUGCAGGUUUUUUUUAAUUACCAAACAUGUAUAUACGUACCCUGUAAGUUUGUAUACUUAUGUGUGGUAAAUGUGUAUGCAUAAUGUCUUGCGUUAAAAAAUUGUUCAUCGUCACCUUCAGGUACAGGAACUUUGACCAGAUCAGAGAACAGGGAAUCGACUCGUAGAUCUAUGCCAGUACCACCCUCCCCACCCGGGGACCGCAAGGAUAGACCACCAGGGGGACAGUCACCGCCCAUCUCUCCCAUACGUGAGACAGAGAACUCACUUCCCUCCUCGCCUUCGUCACCAACCAGCACUUCCUUUGAUUUUGUCACCACCGAGUGGUCUGGUGGGUCCACGUCCACCAUUGAAGAGGAGCUUCCAAAAUUUACAGAGAAAAUUGAACUACCGACCGUCGCCAACCCGGGGAGGAAGGGGUUUCUGGGAAAGUUGGGAGGGAAUAGGAAGAACCGGGCGCCGCAACCGCCGUCCGUUAAAAGGGCAAAGUCCAUCACAGAGUCAUCUACCUUGCCGAGGGGGGAUAAGAAAAGCAAGAAAAUUAACGUAGCGGACAUUUCUGGACCUGUGGUACGUAACAAAUUUCUAAAUCAGUCAUUGGGUGAUAGAAUGUGGUGUCAUCUGCAACAAGUCUAUAUGCCGAGUUUAGAUCGAUUGCUUAACGGGAAGUGGGUCAAUUAGCCUUCCGAAGAUUUUUCCACCCAGCCAGCCACAAACAAAAGUGAAGUUAAUAUAAAGGAUUUUUUUUUUUUAAUUCUGAAUUUAAUAUUUAAGGAAAUUAUUUAAAGUCAAAACUACUCAAUUCCUUCUAAAAAUGUUGAGCACACGUGUAAAUUUGCAUUAUUGUGUUUGAAUGUUUCAGUUGGUCACAGACAUUACAAACGUCAGGGUCUUGGAGAACAGAAGAAACACAAUUUCACUGGGGGAUGAGCCUGCCUUUCACACAGGUAAGCCAUGUGUGGGGGAUUUCCCCUUGGGAAUGAUGACAACAGUUCCAUCACUAAAUGUUUGUCAUAUUUGAAACUGAAUAUCCCUUGAUCAUGUUUAUCAUGUGCAAACAUGAUGAGACACACGGGCAUCACUUGCGUUGCCACACAGCAUUUUAAAGUCAGAUCUCCCCCCUGUUGCAAUGUUCAUGUUAGGGAAAAAGGCCUGAGUAAAAAAAAAAUGUCAAUCUCCAAAGUUUGUAGACCAACUACCAACUUGACACGGCAUUGCAUAUCAGCUGUCUUCUUUAGUUUGGGCUGCCAGAAUUUUACAAAUCUGGAACAUUAAACAACAUGAUAAUAUUGUCAUUUUGUUAGAACUGUUUUUAUAAUAAGUUAAAUGUAUAUUUUAUUUUCUUGAAUUUACAUUUUAUUUUCUUGUGCAACCCCCCCCCCCUCUUUUUCAAAUAUAUAUACUUUUUUUUAACGAUUAUAUCAAACUUUAUUUCAAUUUAUAUGUUAUUUUCAGUAACAAUUUCUUUAGUUUGGGCUGCCAAAAUUUUACAAAUCUGGAACAUUAAACAACAUGAUAAUAUUGUCAUUUUGUUAAAACUGUUUUUAUAAUAAGUUAAAUGUAUAUUUUAUUUUCUUGAAUUUACAUUUUAUUUUCUUGUGCAACCCCCCCCCCCCUCUUUUUCAAAUAUAUAUACUUUUUUUUAACGAUUAUAUCAAACUUUAUUUCAAUUUAUAUGUUAUUUUCAGUAACAAUUCCAACUGGGACCCAUGGUCCUGCCACAUCCAACGCCUCAGUAGACAAAAGUGGUUUUGAUGAAUUUGACUUCCCCGUUCUGUCCCCACUGGGUUCCCUUGAAAACCUCUAUGAGUCCAUCCUACCCAAGCCAGAAGGGAACAUGUUCCACUACUAUGACCCCCCAACGAGUCCCAAAGUUCUGUGUCCCAACAUCCCGGCUGACGGCUACCUUGAACCUGUCCCGCCUCUGUCAACCACAGGGGUGGCCCCUCCACUGACAGCUGGGUCAGCCGCUGCCGGAUUAUUAUCCACAUCUAUAACAACGAACCCUUCCAAGUCUCCAUUGAAGGCCAAGGGAUCCUUGUCCAAGUAUGACCGUUCAACACCUGGGUUCACAACAAAGGAAUCGUCCAGCAGCGGUCACUCGACUUCAACCAGCUCAAGUGAGGCGAACUCCGCGGAGAAUUCUGGAAACUCCUUACCAGACCAAUCUUCUUCUAACGGCUUGGGCCCUAAUUUCAUUGAGCCUGAAAUGACAGAACAGAGGAAGAUUCUUCUGGCAUCUCAGCCAAUCUAUGAAGAGAUUCCAAACGGAAAUAAUGAGGAGGAGGAAGUUGAUAACAAUGCAGAACAGAAGGCACAGGACGCCAGGUUUAAGAAAUCUGCUGGUUUGAAAGAAGGCCUGGCCAGAAAGCCCAGCAAUUCUGAGGCCAUCUCCAACAUGCAGAAAGUCAUGUUGCCGGGCAUGGGGUCAGGGGGGGAGCUGACCAAAUCCCAGAUAGCACAUGCCUGGCUGCAACAGCCUCACACUGUUGUCCCUCAACCGCCGCAGGUUCCUCCGCCUACCCCAGCAUCAUCGUCAUCAUCUUCGGCGUCAUCAUCUCUCACUGCGUCAGUUAUAGGGGUCCUGCCCUCAUCACCUUCACAUGUCACACCAAAACACAACCAGGCCCCGACAACCCUACAGCUGUCAUCCAUGUCAGGCUCACAGAUGUCAGUGUCAUCCAUCAUGACUACGUCGCUCACAUCCAGCAUGCUUCCACCUCCCCCACCUCCUCCGGACCACCUACCAGCCCCACCCCCAACAGCCAGCCGGUCAGUAUCCAGAGAGACAGUGUCAUCCGAGUCAGACACCCAGUCCAACUGCAGCACAUUGUCCAGGCCCAGGCCUGCACCGAGACGGAAACCGAAACGUCCAGAUACUGGCGGAUCAGACCAGUAUGUCUCAAUGAAUAGACCCAAUGCUCAGGUG